UUAAUUAGAAGUGACUGGCUGCUAGUAGCAACCACCACCCAGACAAGAUUAACAUCAAACAGCCAUCAGCCCAGAUGUCAAGGCUUUGCAACCGAGGAGCAGAGAUGUACCUGAAGCGAAUCAAGUUUUGGUAAUCAUUACAGGGCUGCAUCUGCAUUGCUGGCGUCCAGUCUUUCUUCUUCUCUCAUAGCACACUUCUUAAAGAUCUUUUUCACCGGCAUAUCGGAGUGUUCCUCCCAACACAGAUAUCUUGAUGGUGACUUUGUGAGACUUCUGAGUGCAGCUUUGACAGGUGCCGACAUAAAAAGUCUCCCGAGAUGGACACGGACAGCACGAACAGCAGCUCCGUCUCCUCCAGCAACGGACUCAAGCCUACACAAGCUCAGCACGAGCGAGGCGGGUGGGGCGGCAAGCUGGAUUUCAUUCUCACUUGCAUCGGGUACGCCGUGGGGCUGGGCAACAUCUGGAGGUUUCCUUAUCUGUGCUAUAAGAGUGGAGGAGGAGCCUUUUUCAUUCCCUACACCAUGUUCCUGCUAAUGUGUGGUCUGCCCUUGUUCUUCAUGGAAGUCUCUUGCGGCCAGUUCUCCUCCUUGUCCCCGGUACCCAUCUGGAAGAUCUGCCCCAUGUUUAAAGGAGUUGGCAUCGGCAUGGUGAUGGUAUCCUCCAUCGUUUGCAUCUAUUACAAUGUCAUCAUCGCCUGGACCAUCUAUUAUUUGUUCCUGUCGUUCCGCGCCACGCUGCCCUGGAGCACUUGCAAAAACGAGUGGAACACCCAGUCUUGCCUCGACACCAGCCAGCUGUUUGCUGAAGAAAUGUCCCAGAACCGCACGGCCAGCAACUCUUCAACCUUAUACGCACUGGCCUCCAUACUGGAAGUUGCCUCCCCUUACCCCGACAUGGCAGCCAAUAGCAGCGAGCAGUCGGCGCCUCUUGCCAUCAGCAUGGCGGCCAACCUGACGGCGCCAUCAGGCCGCAAGGCCAUGUCGGCCAGUGAGGAGUUCUGGCAACACCACGUGCUGAAGCUGUCCUCUGGGAUUGAAGAGCUGGGAGAAGUGAGAUGGCAGCUGCUCAUCUGUCUUGCCUUGUCCUGGUUGUUCGUCUUCCUGUGUCUUUUCAAGGGGGUGAAGAUCCUCGGCAAGGUGAUGCACUUUGCUGCACCUUUCCCAUACCUUGUCCUGACGGUCUUGCUGAUACGAGGUGUUACCUUGCCCGGCGCUAUUGACGGAAUCAAGUUCUACAUCAUCCCACGCUUCGAAGAACUGACUAAAUUUCAGGUUUGGGGUGAUGCUGCUUUGCAAAUCUUCUACUCUGUCGGCAUGGCCUGGGGAGGAGUUAUCACCAUGGCUAGUUACAACCGCUUUAACAACAAUGCAUACAGAGACGCAAUGAUCGUUCCUUUUGUGAACUGUGGGACAAGUGUCUUUGCUGGGUUUGUCAUCUUCUCUGUACUUGGAUUCAUGGCACACGAAGCCAACAGCACAGUCGACCAGAUUGUUACUCAGGGUCCUGGACUAACAUUUGUCGCAUACCCCGAAGCCGUGUCCAAGAUGCCCAUUGCCCCACUGUGGUCCAUUCUUUUCUUUCUGAUGUUGUUUGUUGUCGGACUGGACAGUCAGUUUGGGAUGUUCGAGACUAUGCUCAGCAGUCUCAUUGACGAAUUUCCUCACUUGCUUCGUGGAAGAAAAACUCUUCUGACUGCGGUUACCUGUUUUGUGGAGUUUCUUUUGGGCAUUCCCUGCAUCUGCCAGGGAGGAAUUUACGUGCUGCAAACCAUGGACUGGUACUGCUCCAGCUUUUCUCUGAUGAUCAUUUCCUUCGUAGAGUGUGUUGCUAUCUCCUGGAUUUAUGGUAUGGACCAGUUCAUGAAAGACAUAGAGUUAAUGAUCGGCUUUAAACCUUGCCGCUUCUGGACAUACAUGUGGAAGUUUGUGACGCCAACGGUCGUUUUGUUCAUCUGGGUGUUCAGUGUGACCACUCUUGGCCCAGUGACCUACGGGUCGUAUACAUACCCGACAUGGGCUAUUAUUAUGGGAUGGACCAUAGGGGUGUCUUCAAUGCUGCCCAUCCCCAUCUAUGCACUUUACCGACUGACAGGUGAAAAAGGAUCCAUUUCUGAGAGAGUGCGAAAGCUGUGGACGCCUGCACCUGACUGGGGUCCGAAAUUGCCAGAGCACCGGAAGCUGUACCUGGCAUCACGGGGGAUCAUGAACAUGGACUCUCUUGAACCUUUAAAAAAGAAAAGCCCGGACAGUUUUAAGGGAUUCGUCGGUCAGAUGCAACACGAAGAAGUGUGACAGUAAUAUCAGGAGAAGAGGGUACAUCAGGUGCUGUGAUGUGUGUGAGAACACUAAAAGAUAAACAUCCUUCAUGUAACAGCUUCGUGGAGGACGACUUCAUGCCAUUUGAGAUAUGGAGAAACAGUGGAAUCUGCUCAUAGCAAAUUUUGAGAAAACAGCUUUUUUUUCGAAGACUAUGCCUCAUGCUUUUUGCCUGAGGACCUUUCAAAGGGCAUGAUGGUUAGAUCAAGAAAAUAAUUUGUCAAAUACAAACAUAUUUUAUUAGCCAUUUUAUAUCAUCAUCAAGUGAAAUCAUAUUCCGAGGCCAGCAGUACUUAUAUAGUACAGGAGGAAGAAUUUAUAGUCAAGCAAUUAUUUUCUCACUUGAAUUCCUCCAUUACUAGUGAUUUAGGUUGAUGUUCUUGAUAUUUCUACAUGAUAUUCUUAUGUGUGUAUAUGUGUGUGUGUGCGCGCGCAUAUGAGAGAGAGAUGUAAGGACGAGAAUAUCUUCACAACCCGAGUGAUCACGUGUUUAUGAACACCUUGGACAUAUCAGGGGCGGCUGUACUUUUGUGGCAUUUAAUGUCAUGAGAACUUUUAGUACUGAAAAUAACCAAAUCAGGACACUAGCGUAACUUAUUAAAUAUUUUUUUUUUCUAGUUAACUUUCUAAGUGUGGUCUCUAGCAGUCUUUCUUCCCGCGAAGAUUUCCGUCUGCAAAAUAGUUUUUCUUCAUUAUUCAUUUAACGUGCUUUGCUCGCAAGGUUGUGUGCUGACAACAGGGUACAAUGUGUACAGUGGGCUCAGCAUGUUUAGAUACAAAAUGUAUUUAGUGUCUUAAAAAAUAACCUUAUCAUUGGUUUGUUCUGGAGGUUUUAGUUUUGGAGCAAACCGUCUUCACAUUCCACUGUAAUUUUAAGUCUCCCCUACACCCACAACAAGUACGCCAUGCUGAAAUAAUGUCUUUCUAACAAUGUAAUGUUUGUGGUGUCCUUAAAGUGUUGCUUUCAAAGUCUCCUGAGCUGCUGAAAGGCACAGUCACUAGCCUUCUUUAGCAGUCACCGACAGAAAGUGAAUAACUGAGAUUAUUUGACCAAAACCACCUUUAGAAAAGGACUAUUCUUGUCGUCGAUACUUUCAUCACCAUCAUCAGCAUCAUCCACUCCAUCCUCAGCGGUCGCUGUUUCAGGAAGAAGACUGUGAAAAAUAAAGUCGUGUAGAAGGCCAGUCGACUGCAAGAAUCCCCGAGAUGGGGUGGAGACGGUCGGAGAGACAAUAGCGCCGACUGCCAACUGUUUGUACGGUCGUCCAGAGACAAAACCAAGCGAAUGACUGUUACAGGAAUUGCUGCAGCUGUGAUCCAGUCGAUCUCUACAUUCAUCUUGUUAUUUAGUUGUCCCCACAAAUCAUUUUGAGUUUCUUAAUAUUGGGUUUUUGAGAUAUCAUGCUCACAGGUUUUUACAUCAAAUGAUGUAUUAUUCUCGAAUCCUAUGAACGUUUGGUAGUUAACAAAGAGAACAGAUGGUAUCCACUUCUGCCAAAAAGGGCUUAUUUCAUUUACACAGCCAUUUAUUAAACAUAAUAAUAUAUUGAUUUUUUGAUUAGAUAAAAUACCUCUAGGAAGUAUAACAUCUUUCCUCAGUGAGACAAGAGAAAAGGGUGGAGAGAUUAGAGAAUUGUACAAUCCGAAUGUAACCAAAAAGAUAUGAACUUCUUUUGGUUUUCCGGAUUAUGGAUGUCGAAAAUCUAUGAAAACGGGCGUUCUUUUCCUUAAAAAUAAUUCAAUGAAGUGGAAAUAUCAGGAUAUAUAAACAAAGUUGAACACUUUGUAAGAGACUUUUCAAUAAAAACCUACAAAUUAAUAAGAUCUCGUACAGAGAGACGCAAAAUGUUUCUAGACAGGAAAAGAGGCCCUAGAACUCUAGAAGGUUCAUGCAAAAUAAACAAAAAAGGAAGGGAUCAACCAACAAGUUGGAAAGAUGAAUAUGUAAUAAUUCACAACACGAACCAUAACUAUUCAGAAAAUAACCCAAAGUUAAGUUGGAAUAUAUAUUUAAAUAACAAAACAAUACACCAUUCAUAAUUUAUGAAUCAGGAUUAAGACGAGGAAUACAUUGUCUGGUCACUGGGAGAAACAAAAUGUACAAUACUUGGUCUAUUAAAGUUUAUCAGAAGGAC